GUGCGGGCUGCACUUGGCCCGCGGUUCUGCUCCGGGGGCUUUUGUGUCCGCCUUUUGCUUUGCUUUCUGUGCGCGUUUUUGUUUUUGUCUUUUUUUUCUCUCCGCGCGCUGCUCCCCAGCGGAAGCCGGGAGGCUCGGAGGCAGCAGCCCUCACCCCGGGCGAGGAGCGAGCGCGCCGGCGGGAGCACCGGAGUGGCGGCUGCGGGGAAGGGGUUCGCCGCGGAGAUGGCGGAGUUCCUGCCAGACCCCUGGGUCCUGACGACGGAGAAGCUGAAGAGGGAGCUGGUGGCCCACAAUGUGCCGCUGCCGGCGGGGCAGCCGCGCAAAGACGUGUACGUGCAGCUCUACCUGCAGCACCUCACGGCGCGCAACCGGCCGCCGCUCGCCGCCGGCGCCGACAGCCAAGCGCCCCCGGACUUGUCCGGCGACGAGGAGCGCAAGCCCAGCCCCGUCCUCACCGCCCCGGUCCUCGCCGCCCCCGUCCUCGCCGCCGCGGGCCGCAGCCGCAGGAAAGCCACAAAGAAAACUGAUAAACCCAGACUAGAAGAUAAAGAUGAUUUAGAUGUAACUGAACUCACUAAUGAAGCUCUUCUGGAUCAGCUUGUGAAAUAUGGGGUGAAUCCUGGCCCUAUUGUGGCAAACCAUCCCAUGACAAUGGACCGUGUAGAGAAGAACGUUAAGAAAAGAAAAUAUAGUGAGGAUUUUUUACAGUAUGGUUUCACAUCAAUAAUUACAGAAGGAAUUGAGAAACCUCAAUGUGUUAUUUGUUGUGACGUUCUAUCAUCCGAAUCUAUGAAGCCGAACAAACUAAAACGCCAUUUUGAUAGCAAGCAUCCGAGCUUUGCCGGCAAGGAUACCAGCUAUUUUAGAAGCAAAGCUGAUGGACUCAAGAAAGCCAGACUUGACACUGGUGGAAAGUACCAAAAAGAAAACGUAGCAGCCGUUGAAGCUUCAUAUUUGGUGGCACUCAGAAUCGCCAGAGCUAUGAAACCUCACACCAUUGCUAAGGAUUUACUGUUGCCAGAGGCCAAAGACAUUGUUCGAGUUAUGAUCGGAGACGAAUUUGUUACGAAAUUGAGUGCAAUUUCCUUAUCUAACGACACUAUCCGCAGGAGAAUACAUGACAUGUCUGCUGAUAUUCUUCAUCAGGUCAUCCAGGAAAUUAAAUCUGCUCCACUUCCAAUAUUUAGCAUCCAGCUUGAUGAAUCUACAGACGUUGCAAACUGUUCACAGUUACUGGUUUACGUGAGGUAUAUUAAUGAUGGCGACUUUAAGGAUGAGUUUCUUUUUUGUAAACCUCUUAAAACGACAGCUACUGCCCUUGACAUAUUUGACACAGUUGGUUCUUUCCUGAAAGAGCAUAAGAUCUCUUGGGAAAAGGUUUGUGGUGUUUGCACAGAUGGUGCUCCAGCUACGCUAGGAUGCCUAUCUGGAUUUCAACGCUUGGUACUGAAUGAGUCACCAAAAGUCAUCGGAACUCACUGUAUGAUUCAUGGGCAAAUAUUAGCAAGGAAGACGCUGCCACAAGAGUUACAAGAAGUAAUGAAAAGCGUCAUAAGUUGUGUCAAUUUUGUAAAGGCGAGCACUUUAAACAGUCGACUGUUUUCACAUCUGUGCAAUGAGUUGGAUGUGCCAAACAAUGCUCUGCUAUUUCACACUGAAGCGAGAUGGUUGUCGAGAGGAAAAAUUCUAAAACGUGUUUUUGAGCUUCGUGAUGAACUCAAAACAUUUUUUAAUCAGAAAGCAAAACCACAGUUCGAAGCACUUUUCAGCGAUAAAAGUGAACUGCAGAAAAUAGCUUACUUGGUUGACAUCUUUGCCAUCUUGCAUGAGUUAAAUCUAUCACUGCAAGGACCAAAUGCAACAUGCCUGGAUUUGUCUGAAAAGAUCCAAUCAUUCCAAAUGAAACUUCAGCUUUGGCAAAAAAAAUUGGAUGAAAAUAAAAUUUACAUGUUGCCUACCUUAUGUGCUUUCUUUGAGGAACAUGACAUUGAACCACACAAAAGGAUUACGAUGAUAAUUUCUGUGAAAGAACACUUGCACAUGCUUGCAAGCGAAAUUUCAUGGUACUUUCCAAAUCUACCUGACACCCCAUUUGCACUUGUUAGAAGCCCAUUCACAGUCAAAGUUGAAGAUGUUCCUGAGAAAGCACAAGAGGAGUUCAUUGAACUCACUAACAACGAUGCAGCGAGAACUGAUUUCUCUACAAUGCCAGUUACAAAAUUCUGGAUCAAGUAUUUGCAGUCGUAUCCUGUUCUGUCUGAGACUGUGUUGCGCCUUCUUCUUCCAUUUCCAACAACAUAUCUUUGUGAAACAGGGUUUUCCAGCUUGUUGGUUGUCAAGUCUAAAUACAGAAAGAGACUUGUUGUGGAAGAUGAUCUUCGUUGUGCUCUUGCAAAGACUGCCCCGAGAAUUUCUGAUCUGGUGAGAAAGAAGCAAUCUCAACCUUCGCACUGACGUUUGCUUUUUACACAUACUGUCACAAAAUGUAGCAAUGUAGUUUACUGUUGUUAUAUUAAGACUGUUACCCAUGCUACACCAUGCUUCAAGGCAAAAUUUCAUUUAUUUGUAAUUAGAAAUAAAUAUUUCACAAUAUAUAAUUA